AUGGAACGCUGCCAGCACAAGGCUGUUGCCCUCCUGCGAGGAGUUCUGCUCGGCCGGGAGUCGGAAGAAUUCUUCAGGUUGUAUUACCAUGUGAAGUUCAUCAACGUGACCGUAAAGUGGCAGUAUGUUGACGAGAGUCCUGGCGCAAACCGCGAAUUCGAACGUGACCUCUCGGCCGCCGCGGGCGGAGAGGCGGAUCUCAUACCAGAUGCCCUGGCCUCGUGCGUUGAAGCUGUAAAAGUCUGCGUAAAAUCUGACGGGGUGUUUGAUACGAGUCCGUUCAUCUCCACAAACACGGACGCUAGAUUGUUGCCGUACACGCUCACCGGGAACGGCAGGUUGAUUUGCGCGCUGCCCUUAUCGUACUGGUCGCCGCCACCAUCAGGCGGGUCCAAUGUGAUUGGUGUUGGGGUUGGGAGCACUAAACUUGGCCGCUGUGUUGAGAUGCAAGCUGUGGGGGUGGUGGUAGUGGUGGUUGUUGUUGUUGAUGUUGUAGUAGAUGUUGUUGUUGUCGUUGUUGCCAUUGUAGUUGACUCUGUUGUAGAUGUAGAUGUACUAGAGGAAGAAAGAGUAGUAGUUAAGGUAGUUGACGCUGUAGACGAUGAUGUCGACGUGGUCGUCUGUGAGUUUGUUUGGGCAGUCGACGCCGUCGAUGACGAAGAAGUCGUUUGGAUGGUGGAGUUGGGGAAGAAGGAGAAAGAUUGGGAGGUGGAUGUCGUCAGGCUGGUCUGGGAGACACUGCUCGUAAUCGGAGGAGGCGGCGGUGUCGAGCUCGGAGUAGAGCUCGAGGACCACCAUCCUCGGUCACUUACCUCCAUAGGCGAGGAUCAAAACCGGUACGCAGCCCAGCGGGCUCGACGUGAAGGUGACGUAGACUUGACCGUUGGCGGGGUACUGGCAGAAGCUCGCUCCUCCGUUGGGAAUGGCCGGGUUCGUGAACCGCAAGACUCCGUCAGCGUCCGGCCCGAACGUCGUCGUGACGGCGCCAGGCGGCGGGGUCCCGCCGUUGCGGAGCGGCUUGAAGGACUCGCCGGCGUAGAAGAAGGGUUGGCCUCCGGCGAGGACCUGAUCUUCGGAGAGCACGAAGACGGUUGCGACGCUGCAGACCUGCGGGUUCUCGUCGGUCCCCGUGCUCACGAAUCCGCCGAGGUCGUCUCUCUUCCGUACCCGUCUGGCCGGGGCCGGGACCGGGGCGACGAGGAGGAUCACCUGCCGGACGGCGAGCGUGCUGGUGGUCGGGCUCGGGCUUGA